AGAUUUCUGUGCACCAAUGACGUCGCUGUUCAUGCGGUUGCAAGAAGUGACAUUUAACUGGAACUAUUCCUCGAAGGUGCGGCUUGGUUGUACGUAUCUUAUCUUAAAAUAAGAUGCCACAAAAAGACCCUUGUCAAAAACAGGCUUGUGCCAUUCAGAAAUGCUUACAAGCCAACAAAUACAUUGAAAGUCUUUGUGAGGAUGUGAUUCAAGCCAUGAGGAAGUGUUGUGAAGUCCAUGCAAAAGAAAACUCUGUCUGCUGCUCUGGAUUUGCCAAGGAACACAAAGCUACAGACACAAAGACAGUAGUUUAAUAGAAGGCCAUACAGUAUGCAUGUAUAUUUGCUGCAAGAGAUCAGAGGAGACUUUUCGAGGACAUGUGGAAUACAUAUUCAUUAAAGACUUUAUAUAAUUA